GGUACAGAAGCGGUACGCAGUUCAAUGCAGGGCAGAGCGCACAGAGCGUUCUGUACAUCAGCGCUUUUCCGCUUUCUGGCUGCUCUCUGGUGUGACCGGGGAGAAAGCGGAAGGAAUAUGGUUCCAUCUCGCGUUCCUCCCGCUGCAGCGCGUUCAUAACGGAGCUCUCGUGCGGGAGGCUGGGGGUCGUACUCGGUCCACCACAUAACAAGAUUCCUGUCUUUCCAGUUAAAUCCUGUAGUCCCUGCAGCAGGAGCGGAGCGUCACGGGAACAGAUGGUAGAGGCAGUGGUAGAGUUUGACUACGAGGCUCAACAGGAGGAUGAGUUGAGUCUGCAUGUUGGUGACAUCAUCGUAAAGGUAACGAAGGAUGACGGAGGAUGGUGGGAAGGAGAGAUAGACGGACGGAGGGGGCUGUUCCCAGACAACUUUGUCAGGGAGAUAAAGAAGGAUGUAAAGAGAGAGGUGGGGCCUAAGUCUGAUCUCUCCAAUGGCAGUGCAAGCCCUGUGUCUGAGCCCAGCCUACGACCAGCCAGGAAAGGAGAUCAGAUCCGCCAAAGGAGGUGUAAGGCGUCAUUUAGCUAUGUUCCCCAGAAUGAGGACGAGUUAGAGCUGAAGAUAGGAGAUGUCAUCAACAUACUGGGGGAGGUGGAGGAGGGCUGGUGGGAGGGCAGUCUGAAUGGUAAGACAGGGAUGUUUCCCUCCAACUUCACCAGAGAGCUGGAGGACACGCCCCCUUCACUAGACACAUCCACUAGGUCAUCACAGGAGGAGCUACGCAGCAGCAGGACCAGUAAAGACAGUCCAGGCAGUGAGAGUGAUGGCGGAGAGAGUCGCUCUGACAGCGGAGAGAUUCAACCCAAAAAGGUUCGAGGGUUCGGGUUCGGUGACAUCUUUAAAGACCAGCCCAUCAGACUGAGACCUGCAUCUGAAGAUAUGGACACAGAGGGAGAGAAGAUCUCAACCCUAUUGAACACUUACUGUAUGGGAUAUUCUGGAGCGGUGCCUGAAACAGUGUUUUCCACCACCAUCAACAAAACACCAAAUAAUGGAAUUUCACGUGGAAGAAUGGCACAGGUUAGGAAAUCACCCUCUGUUGCCCCGGAAACUAUGAAGGCGGAACCUGAGGGCAAGGUGAAAGGCCGUGAGCUGUGUAAAGUCAUCUUCCCGUACGACGCCCAGAACGAAGACGAGCUGUCAAUCAAAGACGGAGAGAUCAUCUCCAUCAUUAACAGGGACUGUGCUGACGCGGGGUGGUGGAUGGGGGAGGUAGGGGGGAGAAAGGGAGUCUUCCCUGAUAACUUUGUCAAGCUGCUAAUUCCUGAUGUAGAGAGACCAAAGAAGCCGCCUCCCCCCAGUGCCCCAUCAGCUAAACACACCACAGAGAAAAGAUCGGAAGUCAGAAAGAUACCCCCGGAGCGCCCCGAGCACCUGCCUCAUAGACCACCUGAUGACAACAAAGGUGAGGAGGUGAAGGUUGGAGAGAUCCCUAAGCCCACCCUCCCAUCCAAAUCUCCAAAGAAGCCCCACCCACCAAAGACAAGCUCCUCCCACCUCCCUCCCCGACGCCCUGACAGACCUGAGAGACCUCCUACUGUACCGUGCGAGAGCCCUAAGUUUGAGGGUGGGGCUGUGACUCCAGAUCCUGCCUCUGACAGGUCAAAAGAUAUUGAUGUGGUUGACUUGGACUCUGUAGUCUUGUCUACAGAAAAACUAAACCACCCGACCGCAAUGAGACCAAGAGUCCUCGACCGCAGACCACGCUCCCAGAUCAUCAGCACAUCUUCUCUGUCCAGUAUUGACUUGCUGAACUUUCCUGUGGUGGAGGAGGAGAAGAGUGAGAAGGACAAGGAGGAGGAGCAGGACUCCUUAUGUCCAAGACCAGUAGAUGUCUCUAAGAGGAAAGCACUUCCCACCAUCACUGUACCUGACAGUAAGUGUGUGCUGCCCCCCAAGCCUGCGGUCCUCCCCCCACUUUCCACAGGAAGCCUGGCCCUCCACUCAACAAGUCCAUCCCCUUCAACUGUAAACCACACCUCUUCCGGGUUAAGCCCCUCCCCUGAGUGUAGGCCGACACCCACCCUGGAGGAGCUGAGAGGACAGCUUAGAGAGCUGAGAGCCUCUGUAGAACUGCUGAAGAGCCAACACAGGCAGGAGAUGAAGCAGUUGUCUAGUGACCUGGAAGAGGAGAAGAGGAUCCGCAUUACUCUACAGAUAGAGGUGGAGCAGAUUAAGAAGAGUUUAGCUAAAUGACCCUUCACCCCUCCACUGCGCACACUGAUGACAUCACCACACACUGCAGCCAGAGUUUAACAUCAUCCCGAGGCAGGGUUCAGCCGAACUAGUUUGUGCCAAAAAACAACAACAAAAAUGACAGACGAUCCCAAUCCCUCACCCCGUCUGUUAGUUUGUUUGUGUUGAAAAGGCUUGUUUAUUUGUCUGUUUACUGCAAUCUGAUUGGAGUGCUCUGCAUCAGGGGAGUGGCCUCAAGUUCUCACCUGUCUGUCACCACGGUACUCAAAACACCUGGAACACCUAUUCCUCCUCUUUGUGUCUGUGUGUGUCAAAUUACAAGGUUUCCAUUGCAACCCCUCACUGUGGCCUUCCUUCCAGUUUUAGACUCCUUCCUUCCCUCCUUCCUCCCUUCCUCCCUUCCUUCCUUCCUUCCUUCCCUCCUUUCUUUCUUUCUUUCAGAUGACAAAGAGAAAGUGUCUUGUUUUUUUCUUGGCCAUUGCUCUCCAGGAAAGUAAAAUAGACUUUUAUAUUCCAGUGUUCUAAAGAUGAAGAGUAUGGAUGUGUGCCGAUUUUAAUAAAAAAACAUCAACCAA